AAGACAAAAACAGCUCGCCACAGAAAAGCAAUGGCGACUGCCGUGGAGAACAUCGUUAAAGUGCUUGGAGAGCAGUACUAUAAAGAUGCUUUGGAACAGUGUCACAGUUAUAAUGCACGGCUGUGCGCAGAGAGAAGUAUCCUCAUGCCCUUCCUGGACUCCCAGACUGGAGUGGCUCAAAGCAACUGCUACAUCUGGAUGGAGAAGAGACACAGGAGUGCAGGUACCGCACCAGGACAACUGUACACAUAUCCAGCCCGCCGUUGGAGGAAGAAACGAAGAGCUCAUCCACCAGAGGAUCCUGCUUUGGUUUUUUCUCCACUCAAAGCUGCUGAGCUCGAUUUAGGAGUGAAGAAAGAUGUCUUGGGCCCAAUAGACGGUAGUAGUCUGGAAGCCUUACUGAAAGGAGAGCCCAUGGAUAAAAGGGCGCCUACAGAGCUCAGGCCACCAGAGGAAGAAACCAGUUUGGCUGAGAUCACGGGUACCAGUGGGGCCAGCAGUCACAGUGGCUCCACACGUGUCAGGAAGAGAAUCCUUGAGCCAGAAGACUACUUAGAUGAUCUUGAUGAUGAAGAUUUUGAGGAAGAGACUCCAAAAAGACGAGGAAAAGGAAAGUCGAAGAGUCGAGGAGUUGGGAAUGGAAAGAAGAAAAUGGAAGCCGCUGCAGCUGCCCAAGAAGAUCGGGACAAACCAUAUUCUUGUGACAUCUGUGGAAAACGCUAUAAGAACAGACCAGGGUUGAGUUACCACUACACUCACUCUCACCUGGCUGAUGAGGAAGGAGAGGACAGCAAAGAAGAACCUGAGAUUCACACACCUGCACCACGAGAAGAAACCAAGACCCCUAAGAAAGGACCAAAUGGCCUGGCAUUGCCCAAUGACUAUUGUGACUUCUGCCUGGGUGACUCCAACAUGAAUCAGAAAACAGGCCAGUCUGAGGAGCUGGUGUCCUGCUCUGAUUGUGGACGUUCAGGACAUCCAUCGUGCCUGCAGUUCACUGCCGUGAUGAUGGCAGCUGUGAAGACUUACCGCUGGCAGUGCAUUGAGUGCAAAUGCUGCAAUGUCUGUGGCACAUCUGAGAAUGAUGACCAGCUUCUGUUCUGUGAUGACUGUGACAGAGGAUACCACAUGUACUGCCUCAGCCCUCCCAUGUCUGACCCUCCAGAAGGAAGCUGGAGUUGUCACCUGUGUCUGGAUCUUCUGAAGGACAAGGCCUCCAUUUAUCAGAGCCAGAACAGUUCAAUGGAGUGACUUGAGUAACUAUGACAACAGUGCAGCUUGAAGAGAACAAACAGAAACACUUUUAGACUGUCGUGAGAUUUACAGCAUGGUUGAUAUGAUUGUUGGAGGUGGAGAGACAAAGAAAUCUUCUGCCCUAACAUAGUCACUGUUUUGGGUUUAUUAUGUCAUUGUGACUGUUCACAUAUCUACACAUCACAAGUAGGGUCUUGAAUGAACAGAGCGCACAAAGGUGAAAAUAUGAAAUUCAAUACACUUCAUGUAUUAUUUGCAGCAUUUCCACAUUCCUUGACGAUUCAGCAUCUGUCAUUGCCAAAUAUAUAUAGUAAUAUAUAUAUAUAUAUGUGUGUGUGUGUGUGUAUG